UAAUAUUUCAGCUACUUUUUGGGGGGAAUUUGUGGAGCAAAUCAUGCCACACUUGGAUACUUCUAUCGAAAAGCCUGUCAUUGUGGUUAUGCAGCUAAUACGAGCUUAUAAGUUUCAAGGUAAAUAUUCUGUACGUAAUUCUUGGCAUGCUUCGAAACUCUGGAUUAAUCCAGAUUUGCCUCAAGUUACAGAAUUUAGUUACAGAUUGGAAAAUGUGUGUGGGGAGAAAUCCGAGAGGAUUUCUCAAAUAUCCUCUCAACGUAAUUAUUCUGCUGCGGAAGAGCUGGCUUCUGGAACGGCUCAAGUUAAAACAAUCGGAAACUUGGUUGAGUAUCUUCAGGAAGGGAGCUUCUGGAUUGUUGCCACUAUAGUGUAUAUAGAAAUUAAGAACGGUUGGUCGUAUCUGAGCUGCAUAAAACGCGCCAAGAAGGUUUACAAAGUGGGCAGUAAAUUUAACUGCCCGAAGUGUAAAAGCAACGAAAAUUCUGCACUAACCAGGUUCGAAAGCAAUCUAAUUUCGAUAAAUGAGAUCAUUAAAACAUAGAAUAAAUAAUUUUUAGAACACCUGCCCUUCAGGGAUAGACUACAAGUUAGAGUGACAGAUAAUAAAGUGGCUCUUGUUUCUUUGUUAAUUUUGGAUCGCGAUGCGACAAAGCUCAUCGGUAAGACUGCUAAUGAAUUAAGAGCGGGAUUACUUGAGGUAUGUUAUUCUCUUUAAGUUUUUUUUUUUUUUUUUUUUUUUGGUUAUUUACUACUUCUGAUACUACUUUGAUUUUAGAAGUCUGGCGCUGCUGAUGCAUUUUCAUAUCCAUCGGAAAUGGAUAACAUUCUGGAUAGAAGGGUCAUAUUUAAAGUGGCUGUAAAAAGCGACAACAUAGAGAACCACGAUGAAGUUUAUGGUGUUAUUAAAUUCAGUGAAGAUGAGGAUCUCAUUAAGUAGUAUGGUUUUUCUCCAAGCGAAGAUGCAUUCUCUGUAUGUUGUUUUACAAGCAUAUCUCAUCACAUAUAAAUUUGUUGGUUGAUGUUAAAUAUUUUUAUUAUUGAUUAUGAUUGUUGUUUGACAGGAUCCGGAUUUCAACCAUGAAAAGACUCAUCUGUAAAUAAUGAGCUCACGGUGAUAUGGACACUCACUUUUACAUCCUUUUAAAGAUUAUUUGAAAAAACUCAUAAAGAAACUUAUUUUUUUCUCGACCUUCAUAUCUUAAUUUUGUGGGAUUCCAUCGCUAAAAAUGACAUGAGCUCUCCAACAAAUACCCCUGCAAAGAGGAGUAGAUCGGAGAGUGGGUCAUCUGUGGUUGAAGUCGAUGAUGAUCCCAGUGCACAGCUUUCUAGCAAUAAGGCCAAAAGAGUGAUAAAGAAGGAGAAAAUUGCAUGAGUCUCUGAA